AUGGAUAGGAUAAGUGAGUUGCCUGAUGCGUUGCUCUUGAAAAUAUUGUCAUAUUUACCAACAAGAGAAGUUGUGACCACAAUGGUUUUAUCGAAACGAUGGAAGUAUCUUUACACGUUUGUGCAAACACUUGAAUAUGAUCAUAAGAGUUAUCCAGAUGGUGAGGACAGGAGCUUCUCGCGGUUUGUUUACAGUUCUUUGCUGUUACACGAGGCUCCAGUUCUAAAAGGGCUGUCUAUACUACUUGGUCAAAACACUGGUGCUAUAGAUAUUGGAGUUUGUGUUAGAACCGCUAUUAAACGUCAUGCCCGUCAACUGAAUAUUGAGAUUGAUGAUACUUGUUCUACUGAAACUAUCAAUCCAGUGGUACUUCCUACUAGCUUGUAUACAGGUUGUACAAUGCUUGUGAGUUUGAGGCUAAACAGUGUGGUUCUUAUGGAUCCGUCUUCCACGGUUUCCUUCCCAUCCCUCAGAACUUUGGUCCUUAUAUCAGUGAAGUACCCAAAUAAUGAAUCUGUCCCCAAGAUUUUAGCUGGUUGUCCUGUUCUUGAAAAUUUAUUCGUGAACCGAUGCCCCGGUGACAAUGUGAACCUUUUCGUAGUUAGAGUGCCCACUUUGAAGAUCCUGUUGUUACAAAAAGUAUCGGACAUCCAUGCUGACGGGUUUUUAAUAGAUGCUCCUUGUUUGGAGCUCAUGGGGAUUAAUGUAAAUACGAAAGGAUUUUGUGGUAUUGAGCAUAAUAUGCCUAAUAUUGAUGCGGCAAGUAUGUGUGUUACUUGUAAUCGUACCGAACAGAUUCUUUCUUCUCUUACAUCACUCCAGCAACUUAGAUUAUGUUUAAUGACCUCAAAGGAUGCAUAUCCUGAAGGAAUAGCAUUUAACCGGCUUGUAGAAUUGACUCUGUGUACAUGUGAACCGGAAUGGUUGAAUCUACUUAUGCGUCUUCUCAAAGAUUCCCCCAAACUAAGAGUCCUCAAACUAGAACAGGUCCAUCUCCGUGAGGCUGUGAAUCCACGGCCGUGCUGGAACGAACCUACUCAUGUUCCUAGCUGUUUAUUGUCAAGUCUUGAAACUUUUCAAUGGUCACAAUACGAAGGAAGAGAAGAAGAGAUCAAAGUCGCGCAAUUCAUCAUAAGAAACUCUGCUUGUUUGAAGAAUGCAACUUUCUAUCCUAAAUCUACUGAUCCUGUAGAGAAGCUUGAGAUGCUAAUAGAAUUAUCAGUGUCACCAAGGAGUUCUUCAAUAUGUCAGCUAGAUUUCGGUCGUGCGGCUCCUACAGCUUGGGACAUUUUUUAUCAUCACCGUUUGAUGAAACGUUUAAGACAGACAUGCCACCAGUUUGUAGACAAGACAAUAAGACUCAAAUUGCUUGGAGUAAAAGGAAUGGGCCAGCAGUAUCUUGAAGAAGGUCUGAUCACCUGGCUUGGAUUACAAGAAACUCAAGGAGAAGCUGGAUAA